UUAUUCACAGUAAGACAUAGCUAUACAAAAUUCCAAAAAAAGAGCCACAAGUUAUUGUGCAGCCCAGGUUUUGUCUCUUGGUUUCUCGUUGUGCAACACUAGAAACAUUGCGCUGUUUUUAACACUACCACAGAUUCAUUUCUUUCAUUAUGGCACUUUAACAUAAACAACAUUUACGCCAAUUAAUUUAUUUAACGCCACAGUCAUCGCUCUAAUACCGGACUUCAUUUCGGUUACCAUUCGCAAAGCCGCAAAUCCGUCUUAACGCAUACUGCAGCAAUACCAAAAAUAUAUAGAACCCGAAAAGUGAAACUCAUUCGGCAGCAGCAGCCAAAAAAGCAUUUUUGUAAAAACAACCAAGCAUACUAUGAAAUGGACAAUGCCAUCGGCCAUCAGCGGCGGGGCGCAUGGCCAGGUGCAUAUACCCAGCAAUGAGGAGUGCGGCAUACGGGACGUGUGGAAACAUAAUCUAGAAGAGGAGUUUCGCACCAUACGAAAGGUAGUGCAGAAAUAUCAUUAUGUUGCCAUGGACACAGAAUUUCCGGGCGUUGUGGCGCGACCCGUUGGUGAAUUUCGAUCGACCGCCGAUUAUCAUUAUCAAUUACUGAGAUGUAAUGUCGAUUUGCUGAGGAUUAUACAGCUAGGCCUCACGUUUAUGGACGAUGAUGGUAAAACGCCGCCGGGCUACUCCACGUGGCAGUUCAACUUUAAGUUCAAUCUAAGCGAGGAUAUGUAUGCGCAAGACUCGAUAGAUUUGCUUCAGAAUUCAGGAAUUCAGUUUAAGAAACAUGAAGAGGACGGCAUCGAUCCAAUCGAUUUUGCCGAGCUGCUGAUGAGCUCAGGCAUUGUGCUGAUGGAUAAUAUCAAAUGGCUUUGCUUUCACUCCGGCUACGAUUUUGGAUAUCUCCUGAAGCUGUUAACCGAUCAGAAUCUACCCGCGGACGAGAGCGACUUCUUUGAGUUGCUGCAUAUAUAUUUUCCCAAUAUCUUUGAUAUUAAAUAUUUGAUGAAGUCAUGCAAAAAUCUGAAGGGCGGCCUGCAGGAAGUGGCCGAUCAGCUGGAGCUGCGACGUGUCGGUCCACAGCAUCAGGCCGGUUCGGAUGCGUUAUUAACGGGCAUGGCUUUCUUCAAAAUGCGUGAGAUGUUCUUUGAGGAUAAUAUCGACCAUGCGAAAUAUUCGGGUCAUCUGUAUGGCCUGGGCACUUCGUUUAUUGUGAAUGGCACCAAUUUCCAUGAGAGUAACGGCGAAUCGAACAGCGCCUCAUGAUUCAUACUGAUGAAGAGCGCCGUCGUGCAUGACAAGAAAUUCGAACAAGCUGCUGGAGCUAUUCUCGCGUCUCUCCUCCCAGCCCAGUUAUGAGCAGGAGGCGCUGCUUUUCCUCUAUUUUCAACAACAAAAACAAUAUGAAUAUUUAAACAACCCAAAACACAUCCGUAAUUAUGCAAUCGCAAUAUCAAAUAAUUUACUUACAAGAGAUUUUCUACGCUUCUAAAGAGAAUUUCCCACUCUGUAGAUGUUUUACAACAAAAAUUUAAAAAUUAUUAAAAAAAAAGAGAAAAGAACAAAGAAUACAUCAAACCGAAAAUAGAAAAAUACAUAGUAAAAACUAAGCAAAACAGAGUUAAUAAAAUAAAACUGGUAAGGAAUCAUUUUCAAGAUCUAUAUGUCUUAAAUGUGUUAAGAUAAAAAAUUAUAAAACAUAAGCUAAUAAUAUGUAUAGGCCAACGUGUAUUUGUAUAAAAAAAAAUCAAGCAAAUUAAUAUAUUUAAAAGUUUAUAAAUUAGAA